AUGUUCUUCAAGUACGCUGAGAUCAACUCCUUUUACAUGGAGCGAAAAUGGAUUGAAGAGAAGGUAGUCCUCUGUUACAGCUCAACAACUAAAUAUACGGCUAUUGAUUUUCCCUGGGUAUGCUCGGUUUUUGUCGUUCUGGCUAUUGGAACUCAGUUAGCCCAUAUGGAGGAUGAAAAACCAAACCCCGAGUCAGAGAUCACGGAAGAACUCAACUUGUGCUCUGAGGACUCAGUCGGGCUAGGCUUCUAUCACGCCGCAUGCAAGCUUAUUCCAGAUGUUCUUUUGGUUGCUUCCCACGAAAGUGUGCAGGUCUUCCUGCUUCUCGCCACAUAUUCACUGCCUGUUUCCACGGGUGGCCUUGCAUACACCUAUUACGGCCUUGCAAUGAAGAUGGCCAUUCAAAAUGGAAUGCAUCGCAAAUAUGAAGGAGGCAACUGUGACUCUAGAACUAUCGAACUCCGAAAUCGGUUGUUUUGGACAGCAUACACUGUUGAAAAAUAUGUCAGCAUCAUGCAUGGACGCCCUAUAUCAAUCGCGCGAUCGGAGAUAAAUGCCGAUAUGCCAAGGGACUGUUCUACCUUUGAGUCACCACGAUUUGCCAACCUAAUGGCGUUCCAUACAUUGAUUUCAUACUUGGGAGAGAUUUCCGAAACACUGACACAAUUCAAAAGAUGCCCGAAAAGACUUCUGUCUGAAUAUUCAGAGCGGCUCUUACGUUUAAGGGCGAGUAUCAAGCAAUGGUGGGAUUCACUCCCAGCCACUGAAGAAUGUCGAGACUUAUGCUCGCAAGGUCCGAAUUUCCGACAAAACUCACAUCUCAGACUCUGCUAUCUGCUUAUAUAUGUCUACAUGGGCCGUGCCUUCAUAUUUGUUGAUGACAGAAAAAAGCCAAGUGAACCUAUAAUUGGUGCAGAUCAUGAUCCCGGACGGACGCGUCGGUCAGUCUUGGUGGACGACUGCGUAUCGAGUGCUUUGGACAUUCUUAACACUCUACAAUCAUUAUCUGACCAUGUCGGUCUCUGUCGUGCUUCUUACAAUGAAUUUGGUGCUUGUCGUGCGGCUAUUCUGGUCAUCCUUGCAGAAAGCCUCAACUCGGGGAAGUCACAGAGGCUCCAAGAUGGGCUGCACCGUGGAAUGGGCCUCAUACGUCAGAUGGUUGGAGGGAGCUCUUCAGAAUCCGAGAUAUCAUACCUCGAGUCUAUCGAAGCAGCUAUCAGCCAGCUUCUAACCAUUCCCGAAGAAGAUUCCAUUUUGCAGCCGCAAAACGACCAGAGUUCUGUCUCUGCCUAUUCAAAAUUCAAAGACUGGACGCAGUCACUAAAGAAGGACAAAUCUGCAAGUGGGAAUGUAGAGCUGUCUUCUUUUAGUCCGUUAUCGCAUCUCACGCCUGGUACAGAAGGUUAUGCAAAUCCGGAGCUGAACGAUAUGACGGCCUUCUUUGAUCCUGAUUGGUCUAAUGGUGAUUUCGAGUUCGAUACGUAUAAUCUUUCAUCUCUGUCAAAAUAA